AGUUGUAGAUAAACAAGUUGAUCUGUGAAAUGUCAAUCAAACGGUCCAAGCUGAGCCGGACGUUCUGCCACUGAUCGUCAGAACAAAAGCAUAAUCUGUUGUUCUAACUUCUUUAAGUUAUCUCGUUUAGCAGUCGUACAAUUCAUUAUCCUCACUUUUAUCAGAAUCACCACACUUGGUUCCCUGAAUAAAGGCUAAUAACCGUUACUCUAUUUUUUCCUUUUGCUUCAUGAAACAUUUCCACUAUGGAUUUUAUCUUGAAAGUAUCCGUUUUGACAACCGGAAGUAGCGUGGUUAGCUUUAGCAGUUUGACGCGGCUGUGUCGUUGUUUACAGCUGAUCUGAAGUUACCUGUCUUUAUCUCAUCAGUCAAAGGUCACUGGAUUCUGUGUCAGGAGUGAAUGACGUCAUGAAGCUGCGGGUUCGGAUCCACCGGACCACCAUCCGGGUGGAGGUACCGGGAGAAGCAGCCGGUCUGAAGGAGCUCACGGACAUCGUCAGGGAGACAAUACUGUCCUCUCAGGGACUCUGUGAGGACACACACUUCAGUUUGUCUCUGAACGGAUCCACCCUUCUGACCGACUCGGGUCAGACUCUGUCCUCCUGUGGCAUCGUCUCCGGAGAUCUCAUCUGUGUCGUCCUGCCCGAGUCUGCAGCUGAGGGCGCCAGGAGCGCCGCCGCCAGAACGACGGGAGACUCAGAGAACCAGGACCAGCAGGACCAGCAGGACCACCAGGACCAGCAGGACCACCAGGACCAGCAGGACCACCAGGACCAGCAGGCUGCCAUGACAUCCAACGAGCCGAGCAGCAGCAGACUGGCGGCCGCCGUACCGGGUCCCGAGCGGACCGGCCCGCCGCCGCCCCCCCGCUGGGAGCCCAUGCUGUGCAGCGAGGCGGAGGACGGCCGGGCGCCGGCCUCCCUGGAGCUCCUCCUCCACUCGGCCCAGACCUCCAGCCCCAGCGACGCCGUGGUGGUGGCCGGACACCUCCUGAUGCUGGAGACGGGCUUCGUUCCUCAGCCUGGCGAGCUGAAGGCCUCGGAGAUGCCUGCAGGAUGGAGGUCUCCAGGCGUCUACCGGCUGCAGUACACCCACCCUCUGUGUGAGGGCAGCGUGGCCAUGGUGGUGUCGGUGGUCAUGGGCGCCGUGCUCGUCAUCAACGCGACUCUGAAGGUGAACGAAUCCGUCGACGCGGUUCGCAAACUGUGUGUGAAGCCGUCGAGCUACGUGGCGGACCAUCAGCCAGGAGGCGGCGCGGUGGUCUUCAGAGAUCUACGUAAACUGUCCCGUGUGUUCAAGGACCAGCUGACCUACCCGCUGAUCGCCGCCGCGAGAGACGCCGUGGCGCUGCCGGUGCUGUUCGGCCUGGCCGCCCUCCCCCCUGAGCUGCUCCUCCGGGUCCUCCGGCUGCUCGACGUCCGCUCGGUGGUCCGACUGUCGGCGGUCUGCCGGAGCUUCGCCGUCUCCACGGCCGACUCGUCGCUAUGGCGACACCUGUACAGACGGGACUUCUCAGAUGGAGAUGUGGGCCGCCCCACAGACACCGACUGGAAGCAGCUCUACAAAAGGUUCCAUAAGAUCCGCUGUGAGCGCCGUCAGGCCACCAGGCUCCGCCCCCUCCCCCCCUUCCACCGGAACCCCUUCGUCCCCGCCCCCCUCCAGCCGCCGCUGCCCGGCAUCAUCGGGGGGGAUUACGACCAGAACCCGGGCUUCCCCCGCGUCCUCCUCCCCCGCCCUCGCUACGACCCGCUGGGCCCGCCGGGCCUCGAGCGGAGGCUCCCCCGAGGCCGACCCAUGGGGGGGCGAGCCGCCAACAUCCGGAGGGGUUUCAUCUGAGCCCGCCUCCUUCUGGGAGCCAAUCACAUCUCCUCCUGCACUAAUUAAAACCCAGAUGAUCUUAAUACAGGACGUUGGACACAAACCCACUUUCCCUCAAUCAUUAUUUGCUUUUCUAGAGAGAUUUGAAUUGUUGUUAAAGUAAAUCUUUGACAAAGA